UCGCCUCCUACUACCAUUCGAACGAAACCCCCGCUUUACCAGUCGUGAGUCUAUGCUCACAAAGCUCAGAGAGACGCUCCUUACGAGAGGUCAAACCACAAAGGUCGCAGUCAUGGGACUCGGCGGUAUAGGUAAAACGCAGCUAGCGCUCGAGCUCGUCUACCAAAUAAAAGAAAUAUAUGGAGAUUGCUCGGUUAUCUGGAUCCCGGCUACUGCCAUGGAAAGUCUUCAUCGAGCGUAUAUGGACGUUGGUCGAAAACUCCGCAUACCCGGUUGGGAAAAGGAAAUGCAGAUGUAAAGAGAACUGUGCAAGAUUACCUGAGCAAGAAACGCGUAGGCCAGUGGCUGCU